AUGAUAUGGAAAUCCAUCUUGGCACCAGUCACCAAGCGACAUGUUCAGCAAAAAACCAUCAAGACACAUCCUCUUCAUCUUUUUCGGAUCAUCCAAGAUGUGGACGACUAUGUAAACUUUCUCCCAUUGUGCAGCUACUCGAAGAUUCUUCGAAAGGCACCAGAUGGAAGAACUUUUGAUGGAAAGUUGGGGAUAGGGUUUGGGUUAUUCUCGGAAGAAUAUACGUCUAGAGUGACAGUGAUACCAGAGACACUAACCAUUAAGAUGAAGAGCAUUGAAAGCCAGAGAAUUAAUUCAUUGAAGAGCCACUGGUCAUUAGAGGAAAAGCAAGGAAAGAACAACGAGGUCCAUUGCGGUGUAACCUUUCAGUUAGAGAUGGAAGUGUCAGAUCCAGUAAUCGUCGCUGUUUUGGAUCAAGUGUUACAAGAAGUUGCCGGUCGACAAGUUGAAGCAUUCGAGAAAAGGUGUGAAGAAUUGCCAUUGCCCGACGACUUGAUUGAAGUAGCAAAGCGUUUCAAGCAACUAUAG